AUGACGGGUUCGUCGGAGUUGGUUCAGAAGUGGUUGUUUAAGAAGACAGUGCGUGAGCUGCACUACAGUGGUGGUGAUGCUGCGUUUCUAGACGAGGCGGUGAAGUAUCUGGCAAUCAACAUCUAUGACAAGAACAAGCGAGAACAUGCCGGCCGCGUCGCUAUCAUCCUCACCGCCAGCGCCAAUCCCCGGCCUCUCCGCUCCACCGUCAAGCUGCUUCGGAAGAAAGACAUUACCACCCUGACGCUGGCGCUGGGUCCUGAGGCUAGCUGGACACAGGUUAAUGACAUCACGAAGGCCAAGCCUGACAACAGGGCUUACCAGCUGAACAGCGUGUCUGAGCUGCCGGACAAUUUUAUGGAGGUCACUGACUACCUCUGUACCCUGGGGCUGGAGCCGGAGACCCCCAAGUCCCCGCCCGUCAAGCCUGGCAUGGCUAAACUUAGCCUUGGUACCACCACCACCACACAGCCUCCCCUGCUGGAGACCAUCCCCACCCUGACCYCCACCCUGACCUCCACCCUGUCCCAACACCUCCCCAACCCCAUACAGCCUACUGACAUGGCCCCUACAACUACUUCUCCCUCUCCUUCCUCUCUCUCCUCCUCUUCCUCCCUCUCUUCCUCUCCAACCUCUAAAUACGUGACAUUUAUCCUGGAAGGUUCUGACUCGGUUGGGGAGGUGGGAUUUAACGCCUCUCUCCUCUUUCUGGAGGAAGUGAUAUCACAGCUGGCAGAGGAAGGGGAGGAGUCCGUGCGUGUUACAGUUAUACAAUACUCGGAAACGGUCACCGUGGAGAUAACACGCUGGGAAAUACGGUGGCAGAGAAACAAGUUGCUAAGGAGACUGCGGGAGAUCCGCUGGAGGGGUGGGGACAAGACCAACACGGGUGCAGCAAUUGGCCAGACCUACCAGGAAGUGAUUACUGAUAGGCCCUCCUCCACCCCUACCUCCCCCCAGCUAGUCUUCCUGGUGACAGAGAACCCCCCCACCGACGUGAUCAUGCGCCCCCCCUCCUCCCACACACACACCCGGGUGUAUCCCAUCGGGGUAGGGCCGAAGGUUAGAGAGGUGGACCUGAUGCCUCUCAGCUCCCCACAGCGCCCCCUCAUGGUGGAGGACUAUACCAGCCUUACCUCUCUGGUUACCACUGUGGUUAAUAUCACCAGAAACUCCCUCUCUCCUCGCUCCCCCACCCUGCCUCCCCUAAGACUCACCCCCACACUGGCCCCCAGAGCCACCCUGCCUCCCUCAGUGCCAUGCAGGAAGCCGAUGGAUGUCCUGUUCCUGCUGAGAGGCGGGAAUAGGGCGGGGCCAGAGACUGACGGGCAGCCAGAGGGCGGGACAGAAUUUGAGGACAUGAAGACGUUUGUCAAAGCCUUCGUCAACAGCGCUGAUAUUGGUCGGAACGAGACGCAGGUGGGUGUGGUUACAUACGGAGAGACCAGUAGUGUGGGCGUGGCCUGGAGAGAGGAGCAGGACAGGACACACCUGCUGACCCUGGUGGACCAGCUGACCAGUCCGACACACACACACACCGCACUGGGUGCUGCGUUGCGAUUUGCUGUCCAACAUCCAUCUCUCCGUCUAGUGGGGGCAGAGUGGGUGUGGCCAAGGUGGUGGUUAUGCUGGUGAUUGAGGUCGACUGACCAACUACAGGAGGCAACUAAUGAGGCGCUGAC